AAGCUUCAGCUGCUGCCGAUGUGCUGCUCUCGAGAAGGGUUCAAGAAAUUGUCAUCAAUAGCGAGGAGCCAUCAGGGCCAUAUAUUUGCAGAGGUGGGGAAGAAGAAGAUGAUGAGCCCUGCAGUACUAAAUCUGCCAUUCCCACCAUUGAUUUAAGCAGCUUUUUGCACCACGGAGAGACCGGUCAGACAGAAGAACUAGACAACCUCAGAUCAGCUCUCUCCUCAUGGGGCUGUUUUCAAAUUCCUGUCAUUUCCUUUUCUGGUAUUGUAAUUAAUUUCAAGCAACAAGACAUGGGAUGUGUACCUCUUUUCUAGAUAAGGUACUUCAAGUUUCAAGGGGAUUCUUUGAACAACCAAUGGAAGAGAAAAUGAAGUAUGCCAAAGGAGUAGAAGAGUUUGAAGGUUAUGGAGCUGACCCUGUUCCUCAAGAGGGACAACCACUUGAUUGGUCAGAUCGACUCUAUCUCAAUGUCCAUCCUCAAGAUAUGAGAAACUAUAAAUUUUGGCCGAAAAAUCCAGUCUUUCCCGUAAGUAAUUUGGCACCACUCUUACUUGGGAUAUUGAAAGAUUUUCCUAUUCCUACUCUUGAUAAGCUUUAGUCGAACUGGUUUCACAUUUAUCUUAACAAACGGAUACUCUCUUAUAUCUUAAAGAGAUCAACCCGACAAGAUGAGUAGUCUAAGACUUUACACGCGAGUUACAUUGUUAUAUUUUAUAUAUUUGGUUGUUAUGAUGUUACAUUAAGCUUUCAAUGUAGAGAAGUGUUGGAAGAGUACACGGAGAAGAUCAAAAUGGUGACGGAAUUGACCUCAAAAGCCAUGGCAAGAUCACUAAAUUUGGAUGAAAGUUGCUUCCACAGACAGUUUGGUGAGAGAUCACAACUGAGUGCAAGUAGGGAUGACAACGGGGCGGAUUGGAGACGGUUUUACAUAUAACCGUAACCGUCCCGUUGGGUAAUUUCUUCGCCCCGUAACCGUCCUAUUACCCAAACCAUAACCGUCCCAACGGGUAACGGGUAAAACUUCAGGUAACCGCGGGUAACCGCUUUAUUAAUUGAGUCAUUAAAUUUUGAUAUAAAAAAUAAUAUUUUAAAAGGCGAAGAAUAACAUCGCCUACACCACUCUACACUUCAGAUGUCACUUUAAAGAUUCGUAUAUCUACAAGUAGGGGUGUUCACCGGUCCAAAACCGGAUCGGACCGGACCGGACCGGAACCGGUUAGGACCGGAACCGGAAUCUUAAAUUUAUGAGGACCGAAGACCGGACCUAUUAUUAACCGGUCCAGACCGACCCGGACCUGAAUUUUCCGGUCCGGUCCGGUUUUGACCCUAAUUGACCCGGUUUUUAAAACAAAGACAUAAUAUCAUAGACCAUAUUGCACACCUAUAGAAAAGGUGCAUAAAAA